AUGGCAAACACUCCUCGAGGAUUGACUAUUAGUCGUCCUGGACGGCAUCAUCAUCAUCAACAGCGACAUCUUCCCCAUGUGCAACAUCAUCCAUUUGAUAUCGAGGCAUCCCCUACCUUUGAUGGUGAAGAGGUUUUUGAAGCAUCAGAUCAACGAUCCACUCGGCUUAGUCACCGUUCAUCUCGAUCAUCCUUUACGCAUGGUUCAUCUUUACGACGUCGUGCCUCACAUGUUGUUCAUGAUCGCUUUGGUCGUCCUUUGCGUGCCAAAAUUGGUCAUGAGACCUUUGGUGAUAUCGUGUUGCAUCCCAUCAAGGAAUUUGAAGCCCAUCGUCAACGUGUACAAGAAUUCAAAGAAGAACGUGAACAUUGGGAGAAGGAACAUCAUCUCAAAGCAGCACCUGUAGAUGGGGAUGCCGUAUCGUUAAGCACUGCACAUCUGGAGCCGAUGGUGCGCUGUGUGAUCCAUUUUCGGCACUUGAUGGGUGAUCAGAAAAUUCGUAUCACCGAUGAUGUUGUUGAGAAGCUCAAAGAUCCGCUACUCCUAAGUGAUGAAGAAAUCCUCACCUUACGUGUUAUCAAGAACACUGAUGAUCUUAUUGACUUUUUCCACAAGACGCGUCGCAUGUACUCGCUCAAAAUUCAUAAGGCUGUGCCCAAUAAGAAACGAGAGAUAGCGCCAUCUGAGACAAUCGUGCAACAACAAAAACAGCAGCAACAGCAACCUGAACAAGAAGAGAAGCAGCAACCAGAAACACAGCAACCUGUUGAUUCAAAUGAAAAACCACAACUUCUUCAACCACCAACAGAGCAGGCUCUUCAAAAGCGUUCCAUGACAGCUGAUGGUGACAUGGCACCCAUCGUCAUUGAUUUGAGCGAAAAUGUGUAUCUUGAAAUCAAGUUUUAUUUGCCUGACGACGAGGAUGAAGAGAGAGGUCCUAGUCGACGCCCCAUUUUCAUGCUACCAGAUCCCGAUCUUUCGGAUGAAAUUGGUGAAGAAACAUCCGCCACGUGGCUUGAGCUAUUUGGUGAUGUGUUUUAUGUUGGUAUCCUUGCCACUUUUACGCAUGAACACCACAUUGUGGAUCAAGAGCAAUUGGGUAUCUAUGCUUCGUGGUUUGUAGUCAUGUGGUGGACAUGGUGUGCCAGCGCUUUAUACUCGUCUCGAUACGACAAUGCGGAUGUUGUGCAUCACAUUUAUAAGGUUAUUGAGUUGUGUGGUCUUGUCGGCAUGGCCGGUGCAAGCAGUGACUUUUGGAACAACCCACGUGGCUUUAUUAUCGGUUAUAUGGUUAUGAAAGCAGUGCUGUUGGUUGAAUACAGCGUUGUAUUGAUACCAGCUUUCAUAUCGGGAUCCAAGGCACGCACUGCAUUGGCUGGCUAUGUUAGUGCUCACGCUCUUGCAUUGUUGCUAUGGGGUAUCUCGUUGCUAUUCCCAGAUGACCGUGGAUCAAGAUUUGGCUUGUGGUAUGUGUCCAUCUUUGUUGAAGUCCUUGUGCACAUGGUCUUUAUGAAGACAAAUGAGCAAGUAUCCUUGGGUGCAAGCCAUUUGGGUGAGCGUUUUGCGUUGUUUACCAUCAUUGUAUUGGGUGAAAAUUGCAUGGGCUUCAUCCGCACUGUCAUGGAAACGGGAACAGAAACACGCGUCGUCAUCGCAAACAUGUUUGGCCUUGUUAUCAUUUUCUUGUACUUUUUCAUGUACUUUGAUGAUUUCAGCAAAGAAGUGUUGAGCCAAGUCCGUAUGAGCCAAUUAUGGAUGUACCUGCAUUUCCCACUCCACCUAUGCCAGGUCGCUUUUGGUAUUGCUCUCAGCGACACCAUUAGCAUUUAUGCAGAAGGUGGUGCCGCUGCACUCUUGGAAGGCGUUGAGGAAGCAACAGCGGAGCACAGCACUAGUACCUUAUUCAAAGCACUCGCUCAAACAGCAUCGGCAGUGGCAUCGGAGGAAUCUCCCUUGAGCCAUAUUGAUCCAAGCUAUGUGUAUAAAUCAUUUUGGGUUGCCGGAGGUCUUAUCCUUAUCCUGAAUGCAUUGAUCAAGCUCGUCAACACCGAAGUCGAAGGAGCUAAAAUGGCAUCCAUUGUUUGCACUGCACGUGUGCUUAAUGCUAUCAUUUUCUUUGCAUUAACAAGCACCUCUUAUGAAACACUCGAUGGUCUCGCCAUGUUGGGUAUCAUGGCUGCAUGUUUAGGAGUACAAGCUGUCAUUGAUCUCCUUGAUUAG